AUGGGAUCGUCAAAGACCUACAAAGCAGUGCAUCUGGCGAAUAGGCCAAAGGAUCACAUUACGCCGGAAACUUUCACAGUCAAAGAACACGAGACACCGUCUACUUCAUCAUUAAAGGAUGGCGAAGUCCUAUAUCAGCCCAACUAUCUCUCCUUGGACCCGGCGAUGAGAGGUUGGCUCAAUGAUAGCCGCUCAUACAUCCCACCCGUCAAGAUCGGCGCUAUCAUGAGAGGAAAUGGCGUCGGCACCAUCCUCGAAAGCAGAUCUCCGCAAUGCAACAAGGGCGACAUUGUCCAUGCUCAUUCCGGAUGGACCGAACUGGCGGUCCUCAAGGGCGACCAAGUCGAGCCACUGAGCCUCCCUUCCAAUGGCAAGAUGACCGACAUGCUCGGCGUCCUGGGAAUGCCGGGCCUCACAGCCUACUUCGGCAUCCUCGACGUCGGCCGAGUGAAGGCGGGCGACUUCGUCGUCGUCUCCGGCGCCGCGGGCGCCACGGGUUCCGUCGUCGGCCAGAUCGCCAAACUGAAAGGCGCCACCGUGCUGGGAAUCGCCGGCUCCGACGCGAAAUGCGCCUGGCUCACCCAAGACCUCGGCUUCGACGGCGCCCUGAACUACAAAUCCCAGACGUUUGCCCAAGAUUUCCGCGCCGCAACGAAGCAGCAGCUCAUCGACGUCUUCUUCGACAACGUCGGCGGCGAAGUUCUCGAUCUCGCCCUUUCCCGGGCCAAGGAGCAUUCGCGCUUCGUCAUGUGCGGUGGCAUCUCGCAGUACAACACGCACAACGCGCAGGUGCAGGGCCCGAGGAAUUACCUCAUGAUUGUGUCGAUGCGGAUCCGCAUGGAAGGGUUCGUGGUGUUUGAUUAUGCCGAUCGGUACGCAGCGGCCAGGCGGGAUCUCGCGAAGUGGUUGGGUGAGGGGAAGAUUAAGAGGCAGGAGACGAUUUUGAAGGGGGGGAUUGAGAAGAUGCCCGAGGCUCUGAGAAGUUUGUACCAGGGUGUUAACACUGGCAAGUUGAUGGUUGAGGUGCAUCCUCCGCAGAAUAGUGGACAGGCGAAGUUGUAA